GCGACGGGCAGCCGGCUCCGGCCCCUGCUCCUUGGCUUCGAGCCCCCGGCGAGUCUGGAGCCCGCGCCGUCGCCGGUCGCGUUCUCUGGGCAUGGAAGGCGGCGGCAAGCCCAACUCCGCGUCCAACAGCCGCGACGAUGGCAACAGCGUCUUCCCCUCCAAGGCGCCCGCGACGGGGCCGGUGGCGGCCGACAAGCGCCUGGGGACCCCGCCGGGGGGCGGCGCGGCCGGGAAGGAACAUGGCAACUCCGUGUGCUUCAAGGUGGACGGCGGUGGAGGAGAGGAGCCGGCGGGCAGCUUCGAGGAUGCCGAGGGGCCCCGGCGGCAGUAUGGUUUCAUGCAGAGGCAGUUCACCUCCAUGCUGCAGCCUGGGGUCAACAAAUUCUCCCUCCGCAUGUUUGGGAGCCAGAAGGCGGUGGAGAAGGAGCAGGAAAGGGUUAAAACUGCAGGCUUCUGGAUUAUCCAUCCGUACAGUGACUUCAGGUUUUAUUGGGAUUUAAUCAUGCUUAUAAUGAUGGUUGGAAAUUUGGUCAUCAUACCAGUUGGAAUCACGUUCUUCACAGAGCAAACAACAACACCGUGGAUUAUUUUCAACGUGGCAUCCGAUACCGUUUUCCUGUUGGACUUAAUCAUGAAUUUUAGGACUGGGACUGUUAAUGAAGACAGCUCGGAAAUCAUCCUGGACCCUAAAGUAAUCAAGAUGAAUUAUUUAAAAAGCUGGUUUGUGGUGGACUUCAUCUCAUCGAUCCCGGUGGAUUAUAUCUUUCUCAUUGUAGAGAAAGGGAUGGACUCAGAAGUUUACAAGACAGCCAGAGCACUUCGUAUCGUGAGGUUUACAAAAAUUCUCAGUCUCUUGCGGUUAUUACGCCUUUCAAGGUUAAUCAGAUACAUACACCAGUGGGAAGAGAUAUUCCACAUGACCUAUGACCUCGCCAGUGCUGUGGUGAGGAUCUUCAACCUCAUUGGCAUGAUGCUGCUUCUGUGUCACUGGGAUGGCUGUCUUCAGUUUCUGGUUCCCCUGCUGCAGGACUUCCCACCAGAUUGCUGGGUUUCUCUAAAUGAAAUGGUUAAUGAUUCCUGGGGAAAACAAUAUUCCUACGCACUCUUCAAAGCUAUGAGUCACAUGCUGUGCAUUGGUUACGGCGCCCAAGCCCCCGUCAGCAUGUCUGACCUCUGGAUUACCAUGCUGAGCAUGAUUGUGGGUGCCACCUGCUAUGCAAUGUUUGUUGGCCAUGCUACAGCUUUGAUCCAGUCUUUGGACUCUUCAAGGAGGCAGUAUCAAGAGAAGUAUAAGCAAGUAGAACAAUACAUGUCAUUCCACAAGUUACCAGCUGACAUGCGCCAGAAGAUACAUGAUUACUAUGAGCAUCGAUACCAAGGCAAGAUCUUCGAUGAAGAAAAUAUUCUCAGUGAACUUAAUGAUCCUCUGAGAGAGGAAAUAGUCAACUUCAACUGCCGGAAACUGGUGGCUACUAUGCCUCUUUUUGCUAACGCCGAUCCCAAUUUCGUGACGGCCAUGCUGAGCAAGCUGAGAUUUGAGGUGUUCCAGCCCGGAGACUAUAUCAUUCGAGAAGGAGCUGUGGGGAAGAAAAUGUAUUUCAUCCAGCAUGGUGUUGCUGGCGUUAUCACCAAGUCCAGUAAAGAAAUGAAGUUGACAGAUGGCUCUUACUUCGGAGAGAUAUGCCUGCUGACCAAGGGCCGGCGCACUGCCAGUGUCCGAGCUGAUACCUACUGUCGUCUUUACUCCCUUUCGGUGGACAAUUUCAAUGAGGUCUUGGAGGAAUAUCCAAUGAUGAGAAGAGCCUUUGAGACAGUUGCUAUUGACCGACUCGAUCGGAUAGGCAAGAAAAACUCUAUUCUCCUGCAGAAGUUCCAGAAGGAUCUAAACACUGGUGUUUUCAACAACCAGGAGAACGAGAUCCUGAAGCAGAUCGUGAAGCAUGACCGAGAGAUGGUACAAGCUAUCCCUCCAAUCAACUAUCCUCAAAUGACAGCCCUCAACUGUACAUCUUCAACCACCACCCCAACCUCCCGCAUGAGGACCCAAUCUCCGCCAGUCUAUACCGCAACCAGCCUGUCUCACAGCAACCUGCACUCACCCAGCCCCAGCACACAGACGCCUCAACCCUCAGCUAUCCUUUCACCCUGCUCCUAUACCACAGCAGUCUGCAGUCCUCCCAUACAGAGCCCCCUGGCCACACGAACUUUCCAUUAUGCCUCUCCCACUGCGUCCCAGCUGUCACUCAUGCAGCAGCCUCAGCAGCAGCUACAGCAGUCCCAGGUACAGCAGACUCAGACUCAGACUCAGCAGCAGCAGCAGCAACAGCAGCAGCAGCAACAACAACAACAACAACAACAGCAGCAGCAGCAGCCACAGACACCUGGUAGCUCCACACCGAAAAAUGAAGUGCACAAGAGCACGCAAGCCCUUCAUAACACCAACCUGACCAAAGAAGUCAGGCCCCUCUCUGCCUCGCAGCCUUCUCUGCCCCAUGAGGUCUCCACUUUGAUCUCCAGACCUCAUCCCACUGUGGGCGAGUCCCUGGCCUCUAUCCCUCAACCCGUGGCAGCAGUCCACAGCACUGGCCUUCAGGCAGGGAGCAGGAGCACAGUGCCACAACGUGUCACCUUGUUCCGACAGAUGUCCUCGGGAGCCAUCCCCCCCAACCGAGGAGUGCCUCCAGCACCCCCUCCACCAGCAGCUGUGCAGAGAGAGUCUCCCUCAGUCCUAAAUACAGACCCAGAUGCAGAAAAACCCCGUUUUGCUUCGAAUUUAUGAUUCUUGCUGAUUGUCAAAGCAGAAAAGAAGUACUCUAAUAAACAGAAUAUUCUCAGAUAUUAUUUUAUUCUAUCUCACGAUAGAUCCCUAUAGCCUACUCUGAAAAAAAAUAUUUUAGAAGCUGUGGCCUACAUGCAAAUGUAAAAACAUAUAUACAUAUAUAAUUAAAUAUAUAUAUAUAUCUAAAUGCCCAAGAGAAGUUCAAAAGACUUGUAUAACAUUCAGUGUUACAUGUCUUCCUUUCUUUAAAACCAUUAAAGGAUUUAACACAUUGUUGUAAGGUCAUUGAUUUCUCACCUUUUACUUAAUUCCUUUGAUAUAUGUGUUUCUCCCUUUUAUGAAGAGUUCUUGGAGUCAAUGGAAACAAAACUCUGAUUUUUAAAAAGGCAACUCCAAUUAGAUCCAGCAUAGCACCAAUCAAAGCUUUCUUUCAUUAGCUGUGCCUCUGCGUCUAGGUUGUUAAUUAUGCGGGAUUCAAUAAACAAAUCCCAGUUUAUAGCUCUCAAUUGUAUUUUGGUGCUUUAAAUUUUGAGUUAGGUGAAGGAACACGCUACAUGCUCAGCCACCAUAGGAGACUAACAUUGCCAUUGAUAAGGCUUCCUCUAACCUCAAACAUGUUCAUUGAUUUUGUGAGAAAAGUGAGGAGAUAUUUGUCUUCAUGUGUCACUGGACUUUUACCAAGACUCAGUCAUUGUUAGCUGUAAAUAACUUUCCCAACCCGAAUAAAAGUAACUAUUCUGUGUUGUAGAAAGGUAAAAGUCAGUGUUUAAGAAUUUAGUUUUCCUGCUUCACUUCAAAAGUUAGAGUUUUAAAUUUCACAAAACACUCUAAUUGUGACAGCUGUUCAAAUGUAAUGCAAUGGCUUGAGACCUACAAUAUCAUUUUUAACCUGCGAUACUUUAAUGCAAAAAUUGUAUGCUUGAACCUACAAAUUGCUUGUAUGACACCAAAAAUCAUUACUUUUAUUCCUUCUUGACAUAAUCAAGCAUCUGAACCUAGUCCUGGCAUGCUUUCGGGGGCAAAAAAAUAAAAUAAAAUAAAAUAACUUAAAAAAAAGUAGAUUCAAAUCAAUCAUUGUAAGAAAAGGCUUACAGUAUUUCUCACUUCUAGAUGAGUAUAACUAUUCAUUAAUUGCCUCUCUUAAAAUUCUUAAAAGGCUGACUUGGCUCUCUGACUUAAAUCUAGAAGUGAGGUUUUCACUUUCAUUUGAUAUUGUUGCUGUUCUUAUUGUUUAAACAAUCAUUUGCAAACCAUAGCUUGUUUUGGAGUUAAAGGUGUUAUGUGUCUUCAUGUUAGUUGGUAGUUUAUCGUGAUGUUAAUGUGAAGAAAUAAAUAUUAUAUAUCAUCACAUCUGUUUGGAAAUACACAUUUUGCCCUUUGUAUAUUGUAACUAAGCAGUUAGUAAAUCUUAAGGCAUGUGGUAACCUACAUAGUCCUUAGAUAGACAGGAGGUUUGUUCUUUCAAAUGUGCUGAAACUUAUAUGGACUCGGUGACAGGAAGCAGGGGCGGAAUUGAGCUGUCCGAAAGCAUUGUCUGUUUGUUCACUUGUUUCCUUAAUUCUUCCUGUGAGCAUCAUGGAGCCUAAUCUAGGGAAGUCCCUUAGCGAUCAUGUGUGUUUGCUGCACCUCACACAAGUGGUGGGUGAGUAGAACACAGUAGCAAGCUCUCUAGUGCCUGACUUCUAUAUGUAACUCAAGAGAGUGAGCUGAUGCGAGCGGAGGUCUUUGACAUUACAGGCACAAAUGAUCUAUUUAGGAACACAAAGACCGUACAUUCUGCUGGGACAGGGCCUCCAGGUAUCCUUGAGGACCGAGAACAAAAGCAGAAGCAAGAGGUUUAAAGUGGAUCUACAUUGCCUUUUAUGAAACCAAAACGAGUCGUUGCACUUAAUUGCUAACAGAUCCUACCUUGUGUGAAACAAUCAGCAAUGCUAGGUAAAGUGAUGUUAUUCCUGGAAUGCUAGUGACCAAUGACAUCCUGUUAGGAAUGAUGUAAGGGAGAGAUCGUGCCGCCUACGUAAAAUCUAUGGGAAAGUUGCAAGACCUAUAUCACUUACUAUCAGUACAAAACUCCUUUAUUUUAUUAAAUUUAAAAACUAGCUUCUUGUUAAGAUCAUGUACUAGUCCUUUAAAUUAUUAAAGGUCUACCUUUGGCAGGAUUAAUGCAUUUCGUAGUAAAAUAUUUUUAUAUAUCAAUUUUUUUGAGCACCAUUGGAGAACAUCCGCAAAAUUGAAUUGCAUGGUUAUUCAGUGCAACCAAUAAAAUUUUUAUUCACUUUGUACUCGAAUGGACAAAGAACACUAAGGUUUAUAUGUUAAAGUAACAAAACCAUACAGGGUAUAUUAUAUACACAUAUGUAUGAAUGUGUGUGUUUGUAAAGGUACAGUGCUAGGAGAACAUGACCUUUUUUCUCUGUACAUAGUUAAGCUCAAGUACGGAGUUUUAAUCUGUACGGGAAGAGCUGUAUUAGGGUCUUUCACUGCUGAGAAAGUAGAACAAUAACUUAUACUUUGCACUGUAUGACCAGGGAAGAGUUACGGUAUUUCUUUUGUCUUUGCUCAAAGCCAUACUUAUAUAAAUAUAUAUUAAGAUUAUUAAUAAAUCCAAAAGAAAAUAAACCAAAUUAUGAAUAUUUUAUUUUGUUGUUGAAAUCUAAUCAAAUGUUUAACUCAUUGAGGAGUACAGAUUUGCUUGUUGUUCUCUCUUUGUAUAAUCUCCAAAAAGAUUUGUUUUUGAAAAUCACCAUACAAUUAUUAUAGAUAUUCUACAGAUAUAGAAUGAAUGUAAUUUAAAUAGGACAUAGAUGUCUCAGUCACCUCUUUGUUUUCCUUUUUUCAUAAUGUAAAAUUUGGUUAUUUUAUUCUUUACCCCAUGCCUCUUUAGUAUGUGGUGUUUCUCCAGUUUUAAAACGCAGCCAUGUCUUUGUUAUUGGAUAUGGGGAUGGUUUUUAAUUUAUGUACAUGACCUGUUUUCUCUGGGCUUUUCAAAGGCCUCAGAUGAGAUUUGUCACAAUGAGGAUAAAUAGCGAAGCAGUCCUAAACACAAGGAGGAUAAAAUGUGAUUCUUCAAUUGGUUGUCCUCCUCAAACACACAGCCUGCCUCCAGGUCUCCGUGACCUCUCCAUAAGUGAAUGGUUACCAAGUGGAUGCCAUUCCACUUUUAAAAGAUGGUUACUCUAUCAUUUACAGACUUAAAUGAACAUGGUAUUUUAAGGACACUGCAAAGAAAGCAGUCGCUAGUCUAAUAAUUCCUACAGUAUAUGAACAAUUUAAACAAUAUGAUGAGUUUCAACUUUUAGAUACAUUAUACGGAAAUCAGAAUUAGUUAUGAUUCAACAUAUAAGUCACCUUGACUCCUUGUCAAGAUUAUUGUGUAAAAUACCUCCAUAUAUUUUUAUGACUUAUGUUUUUUAUUUGGUACGUUUACUAUAAUUGCUAUUUGGGAUCUUACUUUCCUUAUUUUUAUAAUAUUAAACUAGAUGACUAAAACUUUUCUCAUUUUUAUCUUCUCCAUCCUUGUAGAGCUUGUAUCAUGCCAUGCAAGUGUGGGAUGUGUUGUUGUUGCUGCUGCAGCUGCUGCUGUUGCUGUUAAUAUUCACUAACCCUAACAAAAAAUUUUCUAUAUGAUAGGUACAUAUACCUAAAUAUCCAUAAGUCUGUGCCAUAAGAAAAAAGUAUACUCAAGUAUUAAACUACACUUAUUCCCGAAUAGUCAAAAAUUGUCACGAAACAUGCAGUUGAAUAUGUGGACCAAAUUAUGUGGGAAUAUUUUAACUUUAUUCAAAAUAGUUCCUGAAAUAUUUUCAAAAUCAUGUUGGAAAUUUUCUUUCAAAGAUUUUUUUUUAUCAAUUUAAGGGUGAUUUGUAGUUGCUGUGACCACUUGAAAAUAGUGACUUUCUAAAGCAGUUUUAUUUCAUUUUAAUAAAUAACACAUUUUUAUUCUUUUCUCAUAUAUUAUAUUCUGAUACAAUUUUCCCAACCCCUUCUUCCCCCAGCCUCUUCCCUUCCCCAUCACCACUCUCUUCCAUAUCCCCACCCCUCUCCUGGGGGAAAGGAUCAACAUUUUUAUUGCAUGUAUUGAUAUCUUCACGAACAGGUCAUUUUGGCCUUGAUCACAUUUAUAGAUUUCAGGUAAAAAACCAUAAGCUUCUCCAUAUAGUAAAAAAUAUUCAGAUUGAAUAAUAAAUAUCACCACAAUAGAUCCUCUCAUUCUAGUUCAAAGGAUAUGUCUGUGAUAUUUGCUCUGUUGCUUAAUGCUUUGUGCAGCUCUAUCAAUGAAAUGUUAUUACUAUCUUUUCUUCAUAUUGAAAUAGACUCUGUAACACAAGGUGAUGAGGAAUGAAGAUAAUUUUCCAAAAAAAUCUGGAAUGAGAUAAAUGGUAUAUUUGUUCCAUGUACAAAUGUUGAUGUCUCAAAACAAGACAAAUGAUGUUUUAUAAAAUCAAAAUAAGUUUGAUAGCCAUAACCCAAGUAUUCCAUUUUAAAUUAAGACAGGACCCAACCCCACAAUCACAUGAACAUGCCUCUCUUAUCUCACCAUAAUCCUAUCCCAGUUUCCUUAACCAAGGGCGGGUGCAUAGUGACAAAUAAAGACUUGAAAGACUGUUGAAAGAAGCCUUGCCAAGACUUGUUUUGGGCCUAUCAUGAGACUUGUUAAAGAUGAUAAUAAAGGGAAAUGUAUGGAAGUCUAUUAAUUUAUGUCUGGGAUACUUGAUGUAGAAAGAAUAAAAUUUGAAGAAAGCAUCUAUAUGCAGUGAUGAAUGAAACUUCAAAUAUUUUACUACAAAAAUAUGACUGCUUAUCAGAACACUGGUGAUUGGUAAUAUUAGCAUCUUAUUGAAGUUAGAGUGUAUUAUAGGUCAAAAAUGCAUUUGAAAGGGUAAAAUUGGAUUUAAACACUCCUAAAAAGCCAUUUUUAUUAUCAAGCCAAAGGUUUUAUAAUUUUAUACUUUAAUCUUAAUUUUGUAGAGCGAUCAAAGAUUACAUGAUGAAAUUUGUGUUUUGCUAAUGUCAAAGAAAUAAAAUUCAUUUGUGACAGAGCAGGAAAUAAGGCUAUCUGUUACCUCACACUACUUGUGAGGAGGCUGAGUCUGAAGAAAGACCCUGGGUUUGCCAAAGAGUGCAGAUAAGUUUGGAAAACCAAAAAUGUAUCAGCUGUGCAUAUAAAAAUAGUACAGGGUGAAGGACAAGGGCAAGAAGAACCAAGAAUGAAAGGGAAUUAGAAUAUAUGACAGGGAAAUGAUGCAGAUUCGAAGGAAGCUAGUUUCUCCAACCUAACUGGUAGUAUCCUGUUCCACAGACAUUGGCGACAAUGUCUAAUCAAACAUAGCCAGUCCUUGCUGAUACUUUAUUUCUAAUAUAUCAUAAAUGAUCAUUCAGCUCAAUGUGAACUGACUCUUUAUUAAUAUGUAAUUAUAACUAUUAUUAUAACAUGUGAGUAGACAAUGCUACUGGACAUACCUACAAAAAUUGAUGUAUACAGCAGUUCUUCAAAAGUAAGGACCAUUAGUGUUUCUAUUAGAUUUAUUAAAAUGAUGUAGUUACUCAUAUUUCUUUUCUUUUUUAUUUGUUUGUUUAUUUGUUUUUAGCAAUGUAUUUAUUUUUAAUUUCUCUACACUGGUAUUUUGCCUAUAUGUAUGUCUGUGUGAGAGUCUGAGAUCCCUUGAAAUGAAGUUGCAGACAGUUGUGGACUGCCAUAUGGGUGCUGGGAAUUAAACCCUGGUCCUUCGGAAGAGCAUCUGGUGCUCUUAACCAUUGAGCCAUCUCUCCAAGCCCUAUGCAUAUUUCUUAAGCAGAACGAAUGGGCUUUUGUCAAAACAGAAGUUAAACUUUUGUCAGAUUUAAAGGAGGUCUCUUUAAAGAGAAUUCAUAUUUGUAGAGGCAAAUAUAUUUUCCUAAAAGAUUUUCUAGUUUACAAUUAGACUGUGGCAAACCCCUCAGAAAUGGGAAACAUAAUUUUUAAGGAAAUAAUCGCAUACUUCAUUUGAGAGAGCCAAAACCGAUUUGCCCAAUGUAUAGUGUCAUUUAUUUUUAGUAAUUUAUACAGUGAAAGCAUUUGUUUCUCAGUAUUUAAAAGUAAAAAUUGCUUGCUGAACUCCUUUAAGUUGUACUGCCAAUGUCUUAUACAAAAUUCUAGAGAAAACAUGCAGUUCUGAAUUGAUGAAAGUAUGAUAUUCUGAUAUAUAAGUUAAAAUAUUGGAUGUAGGAAGAUUAAAUAGCAUCUUAUACACAAAAUAUUCACACAGCAAAAGUAGCAUGUUUUCCAUAUAUUUCUAUUGCAAAGUUCCAAUAUAUAUUAACCAGAUAGGCUCACAGAUAAAAGUAUGGCAAUGUUCACUCAUAGUGUUCCUCAGUGUAAUCGUAAGAUGCAGAGCCCCAAAACAACAUAAAUCAAAAUGAUUUUGCCCUCCCAAUCAACAACAGCCUUCAGGGUCAGUGCCAAGUUAAUAUAACUAUUCAAAGUGGUGAUUUAUUUCUUCUUGGCAACAGCAAUCUCAUUUUGGGAGUUAGCCAAAAUUAAUUUCAAGCCAUAUUUCCUCAAUCUGAUAAAUGGUCAGGUUAGAGCGUGUAGCUCAUAUGCUAUCCCUAAAGAUCUACAGAUGAUCUGAAAGCAUCAACAAAUACAGUUUCAUAGAGUCUGACUAUGCGGAAUGAAAGCAGUAUGGAUUUUACAUUAAAAGGGUGAAUGGCCGCUAGACGUAAAAUAUAAAAUACUUGUAGUUUCUAAGAGGCAAAAAUAACCAUGUCCCUGUAGUGAUGUUGCACAUUUUUAAAUGGGAUGAAUGGUUGUGGUUUUUUUUUUUUUUUGAUUAAAUGGUGUUGAGUUUUGAUUGUUUAGAGGAAGUUGUAACAUGGAUAAUGGCAAAAAGUGGGUUAUCUUUAUAUUAGCCGUUAUUAAAAGUAUACAAGUAAAAGCCUAUUACAUUAUUUUGUCAAGCUAAACUAAAAAUGAAUUUGACCAUUAUUAUUUUUACCUGCAUCUCAGUGUUUUAUGUUAAGCUUGACUGGGCUUCUAGAAAGAUGACAAAGAUUCUUUGUUAGCAAAAGAGAGGGAGAAAGGGCAUUAUGGAGGGAGGGAGAGAGGAGGAAGAAAGGUAUGGGAUUUUCCCGAACAAUAUUACUUUUUUAGUCAGUUGAUUAUAGAUUGUUAACUUCAUCAUACAUCUGAAUGUCAACUUGAUGUGAGAAAAUGCUCAGUAGAAAUCUUGACCUUGCCAGAAAACCUCUCAAGCAUUUUAUUAGAAAUGGUAGUCAGUUUGUAAGUGAGCAGUCACGGGUGUUAUAGAAAGAUUUCGGGUUUUAGUUCAAGAUAGUCUUUUUUUUUUCCUUUAGGUCAGAUAUUCUAGAUUUGUGUGGGUCAUGACCCCUUUUGAGGAGUCAAAUAACCCUUUCAUAGUAGUCAUCUGAGACCAUCAGAAAACGCAGAUAUUUACAUUACGAUUCAUAACAGAAGAAAAUGAGUUAUGAAGUAGCAAUGACAGUAAUUGUAUGGUUUGGAGUCAUCAGAACAGGCAGUACUGUACUCAUGGGUUGCAGCAUUAGGAAGGUUGAGAAUCACUGCUUUAGGUUGAUUUUAGGUAUUAUAAUCAUUCAACUGACGUCAGUUUGUAUGUCUCCCCAGUAAGUGAGGUUAUAUCUGUUAAACCUGAAACAGCUUGGAAAACCUAUCCAAGAGAUUUUCUCUUCACCAACUCUGCACACCAUGUUUAUGUAAAAAAAAAUUACUGUGAUAGCAAAAAAUAUAUAGUUCUGGCAGGAAAAGUUUUAAUAUUUUCAAUAACAUUAUAUCUCUUAAAUUAGUAAUCCAUUAAAAGCUUUAAAGGCUUGCUAUGAAUAAGUACGCUAUGUGUGCAGAUAAUUUGUAAGUAUCCUAUUAGCUCUUCACAUUAUAUAUGAGAAUAGGGAAGAAAGAGACACUGAAGAAAAGAAAACUCACAUUUCAGUUCUUAAUCUGUAUUUUUAACAAAUUGUUGCAGUUGAUUUCCUUACAUCCCAGCCACAAAUUGAUAUCUAACUCACAAACAAUAUCUACAGGCCUCAGGUUCUAAAGUAAAGCAAUUCAGAACACAGGAACUAUAAACUGCAAAAGCCAUCCAACUCGGAUCCAUGAAAGAGGGAGAAUGAUACAGAGGUAGAUCUGAGGGCAUCAUUCAGCAUCAUUUCUGUCCUGUACUGUAUACAGUGGUUGUUCUACAGGCAAGUAGAAGCAUAGCACUGACCUGGGUAGAAAGACUGCUUUAAACUACGUGAGUUGAAUGUUUUUAAUUAUGUGGGGGCUGACAGCUGUCAUCACUUAACCUCACACACCUUUCUGAUUUUCCUACAGUAUAUUUUUACAGAUUAUUUCCUCCCUGUAGAUCUUUCUCCCUAGUCCAGACCAAAAUUGUCUUGUAUAUGAUGAAAAAACUACUCAAAGAGUCAAGUGCUCUAUUUAAAAUAUACCCCCUGAAUGGUUACUUCAAGCCAAGAUAGCCAUCCUAACUUAAAUCAUUAAAUAUGAAUAAAUUAAAAAGAAGUAGAAGAAGUUAAUCAGAAACUUGUGGAAGCAGAAGGUAUAGACUUUAAGGCUGAACUUCAAUGGCUCAGAACAACAUGGCUACUGGGAAAAGGAUAAAGUUCAGAGAAUCCAGAAUAGACAUAGGCCAAAGAUGUGCCUUAUUUGUUGAAAAAACAAGCAAGCAAGCACAGAAGCAAAGCUACAAGCAGGGGAAGCAUGCGGUGUUAAAGAGAGAGGUCUUCUGAUGCACAAACGCAUGGAGAGUCUCUGAAGUUCCACUGUGACGGGGUUUCCCACACCAUACGUGAUAACAUAGAAUGAUAUCAGUGCUCACAAAAAAACUGAAUGCCAAAGGUCUAUCUCCUCUCCCACAUUUACAACAGCAAGCUUCUGUCCUGACUGUAAGCUCACAAGUGUUAAUCAUUUGUCAUUCCCGUUAGGAUCAAUACCACUCUUCAUGAAAAGAUCAUCUGCUUUGGACAUUCCAUCUUUAGAUGCUGGGAGUGUCUAGGGGAAUAGCAUAACAAAGGUUUGUACAGCAUGACAAAGAAUUGUCUUACAGUAUGUGUGCAGAAAUUUUUUAGUUAUUUUAAGGGUUCUUUUUGCUCUACUGAUAGCUAUCAUUUCAGAAACAUGAUAAAAUCUUCCCUAUAUAAAUAGGAUUAAGAACUCCCAUCAUCAGUGUUAAUGGGCAAAGACAUUUCUUCCUAUAACUCUCUUACUGGUGAACAUUUCAAUAUUUUCUUUUCUUUCCUUUAUAUUUCUUCCUCUUUCCUUUCUUUCCUUCCGUCCUCCUCCAACACACUCUAUUUCUACUUUCUUGUUUUCUAUACAUUUUUAUUAUUUUUGUAUCACCACAUAAUCCUGGCUAUUCUAGAAUUUAUUGUAUAGACCAAGAUGCUCUUGGACUUAUGGAAAUUCUCUUGCCUCCUGAAUGUUUGGAUUAUAGGUGCAUACCACUGUAACUGAUUGAAAGUCUAGUUUUUAUAAAAUUGCACAUUACACAAUAAAAAAUAUUUGACUUAGAAGAAAUAAAGUGAGUAACAGAAAGACCAAGGGGAAAACUCAGAUUAAUUUGAAAACAUCAAAGUGGACUAACUAUAUUUUCCACAGGUUUCCUAAUACCAGAUUCAUAAAAUCUGUAAUAUUAUACAUGUAAUUAGUGAGAAUUAUAGUUGGAAGCAUGGAUCUCAUCUAACGAGAUUUUUCUAAUUAAUGAAGCUUACAAAUUCCUAUUAGGAACUGGAUGCUUAGACAGAGGUGUUCAAAUGGUAACAUCUGAAGAAUAUCUAGUGAUCCAUUUAGAUGUAUUGUUACUUUUAUGUUGUUUGGAACUCCUGCUAUUUAGCCACUUUGUUUUCUUUUGCUUAUGUCAACUUUCUUGAUAUAUAUAUAUAUAUUCAAAACCAGGCUAUUAUUUUUGCUCCUUGUUUAGGUGUGCAUUAACUAAUAAAAAUAAUUACUUGAAUAGUGAAAUGUGUCAUUAAGAAACCCUAGGUAUUGUGAAUAUGGUUAUGACUUUAAAAAUAAGUAUUUGAGGCUAGAGAGAUGACUCAUUGGUAAGAAUAUUUACUGUUCUUGUAGUGGACCUCAGUUAAGUUUGUAUACUCACAUAGUGGCUCACAACUGUUUUUUACUACACUUCCAAGAAAUCCAGGAAUCUAAUGUCUUCAACUGUCUGCUAAGGGUACCCUGAGCACAUGGUAUACAUACGUGCAGAAAAAAAAUGCACAAAAAUAAAAAUAUAUAAAUCUUUUCUUUUUAAUAUUUACAAAGAAAAAUAAAGUGUUGUGCCCUAAGUUUAUGUUUAAAGAAAGAAAUAGAUGAUAACCAACACAGCAAAGACAUAGAUAAACAUGAAUAAAGCAUUGGAAGAAAGGGGUGCAAGGGAGUACCUAGGAGGAGAUCCUAUUUUCAGUACCAUGGUCAAGGAUGAUUAAGAGAGAAAAGCAAACAAUAACCAAUGGCCACAGGCAGGCAGGCUAUCUAAUAGUCUAUCCCUUUCAUUACCUUACUACUGAGACUGUGACCCAUGGAUUAGCAGCAUUGGAAUCUUCCAGAGUUUGUAUUAAGAACAGGAUCUUAGGCCUGAUGCCACACAGGCAGAAAAUGUGCUUUCUAGCACAGUCCUGGGGAAUUAACAUGUGUUUUACUAUGAAGAUGCAUGAACAUGGUAAAGUCCUAGAAGAGGAAAAAAAAAACUUUCAUUAAAUAGAUGUUUCUGGGAAUGGCACUUCACAAUAAAGAACCCUGGCUACACAGGAAGAAUAAGGGGGCCUCAGAUAAACAUUUAGAUCCUGACAGUCAUGACCAAUUUUACAUACCAUCAUUUUAAAUUUGGAUCACGCAGUAUUCGCUUUAGCUUGCACUCCUUUCCACAGCCUGCCUCCUGGUACUUCUAUGGGACCAGAAAAGAAUAACGGUCAUGUUAAAAUUUCCUCAUUUUAACUCUCGCUGUCACUGUCAACAAUGAUUUGGUAUACAUAAUCUGGUAUUUUAUUUCUCCAGCUACUGUUUCAUGUUAACAACUACACAUUAUCACUGUAAAAAUAUGUUGUCCAGUGUUCUGUAUAUGCUUCUAUUUCCCCAUUAAAUCUAUGCACUUGCGGUGUUUUGAAA